AUGAAAACUACACAUUUCUCAUGGCUUUUCUUGACAUUUUUGUUCCAAAUCAGCUUGUUUUUGUCAUUGGCUUCUGGCCAAUGCCUGGACUCUCAAAGAAGCUUGUUGCUCCAGCUAAAACAGAGUUUCUCGUUCGACUCUUCGUCAUCAACCAAGCUAGUUCAAUGGAAUCAAACCACAAUAGAUUGCUGCCACUGGCAAGGUGUAACUUGCAAAAAAAGUAGCGGCCUUGUUAUUGGCUUAGACCUCAGUAACGAGGGCAUCACUAGUGGAAUAAACAGUUCCAGCACUUUGUUCAGACUUCAGUUUCUUGAAAGAUUGAACUUGGCUUCCAACAGUUUCAACAGUACAGAAAUCCCAUCUGGUCUGUCUAAUCUCACCAGUUUAGUUUAUCUGAACUUGUCAAACUCGUUUAGCGGUCAAGUUCCAAAUGUAUUUUCGCGUAUGCAAAAGUUGGUUGUUCUGGAUCUCUCCUAUUCUUACUCCUUAAGGAUAGAAAAUCCAAAGCUGAGCAUAAUCGUUCAGAAUCUUACACAACUUUCUGAACUUUAUCUUGAUGCUGUAGAUCUGUCGAGCCAAGGAUCUGAUUGGUCCCGUGCUAUAUCAUCUUCAUUGCCUAAUUUGAGAAUUCUGAGCUUGACAGAAUGUCAUAUUACCGGUCCUAUACAUCCUUCAUUUGGCAAGCUUAGGUUUCUUUCAGUGAUUGAACUUGAUGGAAACAAUCUGAAUUCGCCAAUUCCAAAAUCUUUUGAGAACUUGAGUGGUUUAACAGCUUUAAGUCUUCAUUCUUGUAAUAUGACUGGAGUGUUUCCGCAAAGGAUCUUGCAGAUACCAACUCUCCAGACUCUGCGCUUGUCGUACAAUGAAUUGCUCAAGGGUUCUUUGCCAGAGUUUCCGCGAAAUGGAUCCCUCCGGGAGUUGUUCCUCUACAAUACUAACUUUUCAGGUGGAGUGCCAGAGUCUAUUGGUGACAUGGCCAGGUUGUAUGAGAUAGAUUUAAGCCAAAGCAAUUUCAGUGGAAGAAUCCCACAAUCAAUGGCAAAGCUUACUCAGCUUGUUCGUUUGAACUUUGCGUACAACAAAUUCUCAGGUAUUAUCCCAUCAUUUGGUAAGUUCAAGAACUUGACAUAUGUAGAUUUGUCUAAUAAUCAGCUAUCUGGUCCAAUCCCGUCGACUCAUUUUGAAGGCCUUGAUAAUCUUGUACAUAUUGAUCUGAGUUUCAAUAUUUUCAGUGGAAGCAUUCCAUCAUAUUUGUUUGCUUUCCCAUCAUUGCAGAAUUUUUUGCUUCAUUUCAAUCACUUUGAUGGUAUUCUGAGUAAUUUUUCCAGGGCUUCGUCUUCUCAGUUGAAAACACUUACUUUAAGUAGCAACAAGCUCAAUGGACCUAUUCCAUCAUCCUUUUUCGAGCUAAAAAAACUAGAAUCCCUAUCUCUGUCUUAUAACAACCUUUCUGGAACACUUCAACUUGAGAGAUUUCAAAAACUUAAGAACCUCAACGCUCUUGAUCUUUCUCACAACCGGUUGUCAAUUACAACAAGUCCGAGCAACUCUAGCACAUCUCUGCUUCCCCGCAUCUACUUGUUAUAUUUGGCUUCUUGCAACCUGAAAAGAUUUCCUGAUCUAAGAAACCAAUCAGAGCUUCAAAAUUUGGAUCUUUCAGACAAUCAAAUUGGUGGGGAAGUACCAAACUGGAUAUGGAAUAUAGGCCAGGGAUCUCUCUCAUCGUUAAAUCUUUCUCAUAACCUGUUAAAAAGUCUCCAAGAACCUUAUGUUCUUCCUAAAUUAAGUUACCUUGACUUGCACUCUAACCACUUGACUGGUAAAAUCCCUUUACCACCUGCAAUCUAUGAGUACGCGGAUUACUCUUCCAACAAUUUCAGUUCUACGAUUCCUCCUGAUAUUGGAUAUAACAUCAGUGCUGCAUACUUCUUUUCUGCUUCAAGGAACAAUUUGACAGGAAGCAUCCCUGAGUCCAUAUGCAAUGCUAAAAACCUUGCAGUUCUUGAUUUGUCAUACAAUAGAUUGAACGGGAAGAUACCUUCAUGUUUACUUCACAAGAGCAAAGUUCUUGAAGUAUUGAAUCUUGGAAAUAACAAUUUCACCGGCAAUGUUUCCAAAACAUUUUUUGAAGGGCGUGGUUUGAGAACCCUAGACCUGCAUGCAAAUCAGUUGGGAGAGAUUGUGCCGACAGCUUUGCCUAAUUGCACCUCCUUAGAGGUGUUGAAUCUACAGAAUAACCAUAUAAAUGGUACUGUUAGGAAAUGA